GGCAUCUCAGAGCCGUUUGGGUUUCACAUGGGAUGGGAGAGAAAGGCCUGGAGGACUUUCUGGAGGUGGGGAGGUACUCGCUACUCUGGGAAAGGGCUGCCCACCAUGCAGGGUCCACUGAGGAAACAGGAGCUUCUCCUCUAGUGGCACUGAAAGGUACAGGCAAUGGGACCAGGCAAAAUCCAAAGGGAAAAGGGGAUGGACAAAAUCAGAGAGAGGGAAGAGUGGCAGGGAGGGGAGCUGCUGAUGUCCGGGACAUGAAUAAAAGCUCAGGCCCUUGCCUUGCCUUAAUUUGGAGCCUCUCUUUUACUCACAGGCCGUGGAAACUUCAAGGGCUGAAAUGGCGGAUGUGGAUGAGAACUUCCGGGGCAUAUGGUCUGGAACCCCUGCACCCUUCCCAGAGGCCCUGAGUAAGACGCAAACAGCAGAGAACUGUCCAGAAACAGGCAGGCAGCGGCCCUUGGUGGUGUUGGUAGACCUUUGCCUCACGAACGGGACGCUGGAUGAAUGCCUCACCCACCUUUUAGAGUGGGGUAAGCAGAGAAAAGGCUUACUCCACGUGUCGCGGGAGCUGCAGCUUUUUGGAAUGCCCGUUCCCCGUGUCACAGAGGUCCUGAACUUAGUGGAGGUUGACUGUAUCCAGGAGGCAGACGUGUGCUGCCCUUCGAAACUGUCCAUUCUUGUGAAGUUUGCCCCUUACCUGGGCCAGAGGAGGAAUCUCCAGAUUGUUCUCGUCAGCCCUCAUGUAUCUGCCUGCAUUCCUCCAGAUGAAAAGGUAGUUACUGCCCGAUUCACCUCUCAGUUCCUCAAGCUGCGCUACUUCCAGCAUCUGCCUCUGUACUCUGUCUCUUUCCUCAAAGGCCACCUGGACCAGCUGCUCAGGUGACUCCAGGCCCCCUUGGAGAUGGUCGUAAUGACCGACUGCCUGCUGUCAGAGUCAAACUUGAAGCAUCUCUCUUGGUGCCCAAGCAUCCGUCAACAAAAGGAGCUGGACGUGAGGGGCAUCACACUGACCCAUUUCAGCUCUGAGCCCCUUGCAGUUCUGCUAGACCAAGUUGCAGCUACUCUGCAGACCCUGGACUUAGACGACUGUGGGAUACUCAGCGUCAUCCCGCUUGCCCUGAGCCGCUGCUCCCAGCUUAGUGCCUUCAGCUUCUGUGGGAACCUCAUCUCCAUGGCCGCCCUGGAGAACCUGCUACGACACCACAUCAUCGGGCUAAGAAAGCUAAGCCUGGAGCUGUAUCCUGCCCCUCUGGAGAGUUAUGACACCCAGGGUGCUCUCUGCUGGGGGAGAUUUGCUCCUGGGGCUGAACUGAUGAAGACACUGAGGGACUUAAGGUAGCCCAAGAUCACUGUGUUCAGCACCGUCCCCUGCCCUCCCUGUGGUGUCAGGACCUCCAAUGACCUGGAGCCCAGUCACUGCCUCUGUUGA